AUGGUAGAGACUGAAAAGAACCGCGCGUCCCUUUCGGUGGAACACGUGUUUGCUAAUCACACAUUCUUGUAUUUCGGCGUCCGUGACAAAUUACCCUCCGCCGCCGCCACACAACAGUCAUCGCCUGAGCCGUUUACGCUCACUCCGUCCGUCCGUCUAAUCACGUUGUUACCAGAUUUGCCGGGUAUAUACAGAUCAUCUAGUCGAUCCCUGCUGUUUCGACCACCCCUACCACCAUCCCAAUGUCACCCUUACGGCCCAACACCGUCGCUUCUAAGACCACACUUACUGUUUCUGCCUCCCCUGUAG